AUGGGCCUGCCCAGAGAUGGAGGCGCCUACAGCGCGAUCUUGAGGAAGCUGCCCGAAUGGAGGGUGCUGAAGGCUAGAUCUGGGUACGCCGAAGGCUUGACGGUGAAUGAGGCGGAAUAUCGUGGGUUGUUGCUAUGUUUGGAUCUGUUAGAAGAUCUGGAUCCACGACGUCUGGUGGUCUGCGGAAGCUUAAACCUGGUGAUCAGACAAGUACGAGGAGAGAUCGAUUGUAAGGCACCGGGUCUGACACUGUUAUGCCAGCGGGCUUUGGAUCGACUACGUACUUGGCCAGAUCAUGAGCUGUUACAUGUCAAACGAGAUUGGAACGAGAGUGCUGACAGCUUAGCAAGUGCUGCCCUGCAACGGCAAUGUGGGAUCGAGAUAGAGUCAGACAUAGAGAUCCAGGAUCUCAUAAUCUUAAAUCGGUUGGAUAAGAUCCUGAUAGUGAAAGUCGAAGACGAGAUCGCACAGAUAUCAUCUGUGAUGACCCGAUCUAAGGCUAGAUCGGGAGUGCGUAUUGGAUCUGAUCCAGACUCCCUACGAGAGGAAGUCGUGACAGAGCUACGGAUCGAGCGGAUCCGACAAGCGCAGGACGAGGAGUCGUGGAUCAUGGGCUUGAAGAAGUAUUUGGUCGGGGAGAUCCGGGAUCUGACACAAGAGGAGGCUAAGAUGUUUGGAUCUAUUGCUAUGAAUUAUGAAGUGGAUCAGUUGGAUCUACUCUUCUAUUACCCGACGACUAAGGAAACCACUGCAGAUCGAGAUAAGUUGAUGCGACUGGUGGUACCUGAGACGCUUCAACAGGACAUGUUGCAUCACUAUCACACAAGCCUACAGGGUGGCCAUCAAGGGAUCGGUCGCACCUACGAUCGGAUUCGUGAUCAUUUCCACUGGAGAGGGCUGUACAAGAGUGUACAGCGAUAUGUGGGGCAAUGUGUCAAUUGUGAAACAGGCAAGGGACGACCCCGGAUCCAGGGCGAGCCACCUGGUAACCUUCAGGCGACAUACCCAUUCCAGAUCAUUGUGAUGGAUCACAUACUUUCAUUGCCUAGAUCCUUCAACGGCAACACUGAAUUGCUGGUCAUCGUGGAUCUAUUCUCGGGAUAUGUGAUCGCCAAAGCCAGCGCCUCUAGAUCCGCUCAGACAAUCGCCGAGACCUACGAGGAAUGUGUCUUCCGCUGA